AACAAGUAGGAGUCGUGUCGCUUCCUCGGCGUCGUGCCGUCGUGUGCGUGUCCCUCUCGGUCCCUCUCGUGCGCCGCUGAGUUUGGGUCCGCGGUCCUAACCCGCCGACGGGUCGGUCGUUCCUUGGCCGUCGUUCCGACGUCGUUCCGGCCCUGCCCCGGGAACACGUCCACGCGGUGACAUGUGAGGGUGCGAGUUUGUGUGAGAGGGAGAGAGUGCGCCCGAGUGGCGCCUGCCAGUGAAAUGGUGUGCUAGUGCAGUGCUUACCCUGACCAGGAUCUAACUUCACAAUGGAUAGAGACGCGCCCAACUCGUCGGUGCUCAGCGAGGGGGCCAUUGAACAGUCCGGCGAGCGCAUCGUGUGGGAGAGCCACCACGUGACGCUGACCAGGGUGCCGGGCUACGGCUUCGGCAUCGCCGUGUCGGGCGGCAAGGACAACCCGCACUUCACCAGCGGCGACCCCGCCAUCGCCAUCUCGGACGUCCUCAAGGCCGGCCCCGCCGAGGGCAAGCUGCAGGUCAACGACCGCAUCGUGAGCGCCAAUGGCGUGUCCCUGGAGAACGUGGACUACGCGACGGCCGUGCAGGUGCUGCGCGACUCGGGCAACACGGCGCUGCUGGUGGUGCGACGGCGCAUCGUGCUGCCCGCCUCCCCCGAGCCCCACACGCUCAAGGUGCAGCUGCAGCGCAACAAGAAGAAGGACGACUUCGGCAUCGUGCUGGGCUGCAAGAUCUACGUCCGGGAGGUGCUGCACCGGGACAAGGACGGCCUGGCCGGCGCCGGCCCGGGCAACUCGCUGCAGGAGGGCGACGUGCUGCUCAAGAUCAACAACCACUCCGCGGACGGGCUGUCCCUCAAGGAGGCGCGCAAGCUGAUGGACGCCUCCAAGGAGAAGCUGAGCCUGCUGGUGCGGAGGGAGGCCCGGAGCACCUCGUCGCAGCAGUCCUCCAACGGCAACCUCUACGGCGGGCCCUCCUCCCACAACAACUCCAGCCUGCAAAGCAAGGACGGCAACCUCCUGGACUCGCUGGCCGGCGGCACCAACUACUCGUCCCAGAACCUGUACGUGCAGCCGCCCACGCGCGGCGCCAUGGCGGCCAUGGCGGCCAUGCACCCGCACCAGAGCUCGCUGCUGGACGACAAGAGCAACCUGCUGCCGCGCGGCCGCAGCCGGGUGCCGCUGCCCGACCACGUGUCGCUGAGCCAGCUGGACCGGCCGUCGACGCCCUCGGGGGCGGGGGCGGCCGCGGGGCCCUCGGUGGGCUCCAACGCCACCGGCGCCAACCACAACCACUCGCGCAGCCGCAGCGGCAUCGACGACGCGGACGGACUGUCGCCGCCGAGGCCGCCGCCGCCGCGGCCGGAGGGCGAGGCGUACGACUUCUACAGCAGCAGGCGGCAGCUGUACGAGGAGGACCCGCUGCUGCAGCGGAAGCAGCAGCAGCAGCAGCCCAUGCCGGACCCGCGCUUCGUCACGUUCCAGAAGGAGGGCUCGGUGGGCAUCAGGCUGACGGGCGGCAACGAGGUGGGCGUGUUCGUGACGGCGGUGCAGCCCGGCAGCCCCGCCUCGCUGCAGGGCCUGCAGCCCGGCGACAAGAUUCUUAAGGUGAAUGAUAUGGACAUGAAAGGCGUGACACGGGAGGAAGCUGUUCUAUUCCUUCUAAGUUUACAAGACCAAAUUGACUUAAUAGUGCAGCAUCGUAAGGAUGAAUAUGACACUAUAGUUGCUGGUCAACGUGGGGAUUCCUUCCAUAUCAAGGCCCAUUUUAAUUAUGACCAACCCAAUAAAGGUGAAAUGAGUUUUAGGAAAGGUGAUGUUUUCCAUGUAGUGGAUACCCUCCACAAUGGAGUUGUUGGCUCUUGGCAAGUCUUCAGGAUAGGACGAAAUAAUACGGAGGUCCAGAAAGGUAUAAUACCAAACAAAGCCAGAGCUGAAGAGUUAGCUACAGCUCAGUUUAAUGCUAGUAAAAAGGAACAAUCCACUUCAGAAAGUAGAGGCAGUUUCUUCCGUAGAAGAAGGAACAGUCAUCGUAGAUCUAAAUCUCUAGGCCGCGAUCACUGGGAUGAUGUGGUCUUUGCAGACAGUAUUAGCAAAUUUCCUGCAUACGAAAGAGUUGUCUUACGCCAUCCAGGUUUUGUUAGACCUGUUGUUUUAUUUGGACCUGUCGCAGACAUUGCCCGAGACAAGAUGCUUAGAGAUUUCCCUGAUAAAUUCUCUUCUCCACAAUUAGAAAAUGGGUCAUCUGAUGUUCCUAAGAGUCAAAAGGCUUCUGGGAUCAUUCGGUUAAGUGCUAUCCGAGACAUUAUGGACAGAGGAAAGCAUGCUCUUUUGGAUAUCACUCCAAAUGCAGUUGACCGGUUAAACUAUGCUCAAUUCUAUCCAAUAGUUAUAUUUUUAAGAGCAGAAUCCAAGCAAACUAUCAAAGAGGUUCGAGCUGGUGCUGGCUUAUCCAACACCAUGUUGGAUAUCCUACCAUGGACUGCCCAUAAGAGCAGCAAAAAACUGUUAGAACAGUGCCAAAAGCUUGAGAAAGUAUGGGGACAUGUGUUUUCAAGCUCAGUUACCCUCUCAUCACCUGAGUCAUGGUAUAGAAAAGUGCGUGAGUUGGUUGACAAACAGCAGCAAACACCUGUCUGGAUGAGUGAAAGCAAGCCUGACGAGGCUCUCUCAGAUGAUUUCCUCUUCCCAAUGACGUCCCGCCUCUCCUAUGCCUCUUCCCCGGAGUCUGAUUUGGACCUGAGUCCAGAGCCACGGCCACACAACCACAACAAUAGUGGUCUGUCUUCCGGAGGGCUCAACUCAUCUCGCUUAGUCAAGAGCUCCAGUGACCCCAGCAUUGCUACUGUGGAAGAUGGAGCUCCGGGAUACACCGCACCUCCUCCCUACUCACCUGCUAAUUCAUACAACAAACAACCAAACUAUGAGAGUAGAAAUGGUGUUGGGCUUGGUUCUCCCAACGAGCACAGUCCUCGUAGAGGUGUCAAUGGCAUGGAGGGUAAAUAUGGCUUCACUCCUUCUUCGCCACUUGAAGCCAUGUCUCCAACAUCUGCCCCUGCACCUACAUCCCCUACCGUUCAUCUGAACUACCCCCCUCAUCAGCACAACUCGCACCCUCACUUGCAUGGGCAUUCCCAUCCCCAUUCACGCAGCACAAAUAUGGCUAGAUCUCCUCUUGCACACUCACCCCCUCUUCAGAAUUCCAAUGGACCCCCUGAACUUCCUCCAAGAAUUGAUCGUAACAUCAAGCCUCCUCGAGUUGGUCUGACACGUAGUGCCACAGAUCGCCUGUACCCCAGUAAGGAAAUGGAACCUGCAACCAAUGGUACCACAAAUGGCAGCCCUCCCUCUCCUGUUGAUCCCCCCAACUAUAUCAAUGCAACUCCACACCACCUUCGCACAAGUGGGCCCAACUCCUCCUUAGAUAGGCAUAUAGUGAAGACAAGCAGUUAUGAUAGUGUGUCAUCAUAUGAUUCAUACAAUAAUAGGGUUACUUUGGGUCAGAAUUCACAUGAUGACUUGAAACAGUGUAAUGGUGGACCAGCAUCACCACGAAAUCAUGACCCCUACAGGUUUACACGGUCUACCGCUCAACCAAUUGGUAGCCGUCAGAACUCUGUAGAUCCUCCAAAGGCCAAUAAACCACCAGAUUACAGCAAAUAUCGGCCAGGAGAGUACAACCAUAACAAACCCCUUCCACCACCAAAGACCACUUCAUAUAAACCAAUCCCUCCCCCAAAACCCAAGAAUUAUCGUCUACCUUCAAAUGGACAAUCAGAUCAUCAACCAAACCUACAAACCCAAUGGAGAAACCCAGCCAAUGGAGGGGAGCAAACGUAUGGCACCAAUGAAAAUACCCCCCAGCGCCCCAAUAAAUUGAACUUAGGAAUGGAGAAUGGAAUCAGUUCACCACUCCAUCACUCAAACAACUCGAUUUACCAACAUUCAAAGUCCUUCUCCUUGGCGGGAGGGAUGGAGUCCCAUCAUAAUGGGAUAAUUGGGUCACCUGGAAAAUUUACAAUGGAUCAGGAAAAUAACAACUAUACACCUAACCAUAAUAAUAAUAAUAAUCAUUCAGAUCAUAAUGGUGGUUUUGAUUCCGGUCAUGGAAGUAGUCUUGACCGAAAUUAUGAUAGGUCUGGUCCUCAGUAUUAUUACAAUAUGCCUCCUCCACCUGCAAGGCCCGGUCCUGGGCACCACAAUAGGGAACCAAGUGGCUUGGAUCUGGCAAACCGGGAACAGCGGGGCUCUGCCUUUGAACUAUAUAAGAAGCCAUCAGAUCCUCGGUAUCACUAUAUGGAGCACAGCAUCAGUAAUGGAAGGCACUGCGAUGUCGAUGAGGAUAGUCUCUACAGUAACACGGCAGGCUGGGGCAAUGGCACUGGGAGUGGUGCAGGUGGCUCGAUAAACAGCUCGAAUGUGAAUGCACAAAAGUCUGAGGUGGUGGCAACUGCCCGGGGCGUUUUCUCUGCCAAGGGUGGUGUCCUUGAGAAUCCAGAAACGGGAGUGUCUAUCGUGAUCCCUCCCGGUGCCUUGCCACCUGACUCCGAGCAGGAAAUCUACUUCAAGGUCUGUCGAGAUAGCGGCGGCUCGUUAGUGCCCCCUUUGGACAAGGAGAGAGGUGAGACGUUGCUGAGUCCAUUGGUCAUGUGUGGUCCCAAUGGACUCAAGUUCAAUGUUCCAGUUGAACUUCGAUUGCCCCACACAGCAGCUCCCAGUAAAGAUAAUUCCUGGGGAGUCGCUCUCAAAUCCACUGAGGUGGGGAACAAAACCACACCUACCAAAUGGCAUCAGAUGUCAUUAGGGAAUGAGAAUCUUCAUGGAGCGGAUGGGAGCAACAGUGUCUCGGUUCUUGUUGACCACUUUUAAACUUUUAAUUAAAAGAUUUAUGCAUAUAUUAUAUAAUUCAUUGCAGUCUUGCAUGCCAUGAGGUGCCAUUGACAAGUUUGAUGCAGAUGGUGCAUGGUGAAUAGCUCAAGUCCUUUUUUUUGCAAAGGUAACUCUAAGCCAAAAAAUAAAAAUGUGUUGCUAUUGAUUAGUACAAGCAAUAGUAGCAGCUUAUAUUUGACAACUCCUACCACUGCAGAUGUUUUUGUUAUGUUAUUAGAGGAAUUUAUAUCUGUCCAUUGAUAAUUAAUACAUUAAGUCAUGGGGGUGGAAAUGAGUUUGUGGUCUUCUAUAUGACCAUCACGGAUCUCAAACUUUAGUCUUUCUUCAAUGUACCAUAAGUGUAAGCCAUAAAAUUUGCAUCCUACAUGACUGUUAUUCUGUUUAGUGGUGUUAAUGAAUGUUAAAGUACUGUUAAAUUCAUGAAAAGAUGAAUGUGUCAGGGACCAAUGUUUGCUUGUUGCAUAUUUGUGUAGUUUAUUAUGUUGUGCAAGGUUCUUAAUUUAUUUAUAAAAUACUAGAGGAAAAGCUUGAACAGAAAGCAAUCAACUUGUAUUUGUUUUAUGGGUGUUUAUACUUUAGCUUUGAUUGAAUAUGUUAUGAUUCUAUUGAAAAAAGUUUGAUUAAAUUUUAUUAUAUGUAUUGCUUGUUAUGUAAAUUGUUGUAUUAAAUUACCUUAAACAAUUAAAUUAAUAAUCUAUUGUGUAGAUAACAGCAGCGUGAUUUAUUUUUAAAGCCGAUGUGUGAAACACUAUGAACGCAUUGGAAUACCAUUUAUGUGUAGUAACCUGUUUAAGUUAAGAGAUACCUGUGAGUUAUGCAAUUAUGUAUAUGUGUAUGAAAAGCAAUUUACCAUGUAAUAAAGUACACAAAUUGUUUCUC